CAUUUUAUGUUUUAUCAGUAGUUUGGAUUUCAAACACCUUAAGACGACUGAACAUCGCAAAGAUCGGUGGAGUGUACGUUUAGUAAGUUACCAUGGCUGCUGCGGCAACGGUGGAUUUCAGGGCUCAAGUUGAUCAGUCAUGCAGAUACUCGGAGGAAUUCGUCAACAUCUAUUAUGACUGUAUGGAUAAGAAAAGAAGGACUCUGACGAGGCUGUAUCUGGACAAAGCAACGCUGGUGUGGAAUGGCAAUGCUGUCACUGGACAAGAUGCUCUCGGCGAGUUCUUCGAGUCUCUUCCCUCCAGCGAGUUUACAGUGCACACUCUCGACUGCCAGCCUGUGCAUGAACAAGCAACUCAGGGCCAAACUACUUUGUUGGUGGUUACAGCUGGUUCAGUGAAGUUUGAAGGAAACAAACAGAGAUACUUCAACCAGAAUUUCUUAUUAACUGCCCAAGCCUCUCCAAACAGUGACCAGCCAGUAUGGAAGAUUGCAAGCGAUUGUUUUCGCUUUCAAGACUGGGCAAACUGAAUUGUUGUCUCAAUUUUAUUGUAUAGCUUUUGUUUUCUUUCUUUUUUUGUAAACUCGUUUCAAUUGAAGUAUGUACUGUAAAUAAAAAGACAGUUGAAGUGUUUCUAAAAUGGAAUACCACACAAUGAGUAGAAAACAAGUUUACUUGUCCCCAGCGUAUAUUACAUACAGUGACUCACAAUAAAAAGAAUAAAUAAGCAUCAUAGAACAUUCUACAAGCAAAUUUACAAUUUCGCAAUGCAAACACUUGACUGCUGUAUAGUUUUGCUUAUGGUGGUGAUAGGAACCCUGAAGGCCGUGGAGGAAAGAUCAUUCCAGAAGGGUAGUAGUAACUGCUGAACUUCUUGGAUUAAUGGCUACGAAUUUAACAAUGGCUAAAAAUCCCUGUCAAAAAGAAUAGUGCAAAUGACAAAAUUAUUAUAAAUAAAAUACACUUGAAUAAAACAAGCCAAGAUGUGACCGAUUACAAUACCUGUACAGAUCAUACUUUC